AUGGCCUACCUCGCCUCGGCAUCCAGCAGCUCGCUGCCCGGCCUCCACCCACGCACGGCCGUGCACGCCCGCCCGGCAGGCCUAUGGGGCCCAGGUCCCGCAGGCUGCCUUGCGCUCCGCAGCACCCGCCUGCGGCGGGUGGCCGCUGCCGAGGCGCCGCCGGCGGGCCAGGAGCAGGCGGGGGCGCAGCCCUCGGGCCCGGCGCAGGAGCGGCCGCAGCCCUCCCAGCCAGACUGGUACAAGGCGGAGCUGAACCGCCUCAACCAGAAUCGCAGGCAGGUGCAAGAGAGCUUUGAGAGGGACCGCCUUAUUUUCCGGCGAAUCAUGAGGUCCCUUGCGGUGUUCUUCCUACUGCUGGCUGGCAUCGGUUUCCUCGGCGACUACGGCAGCUUUAUAAGCUAUUUGAUGGUGGUCCACGCUGCAUGCUUCUUGCUCGUCUCAGUAAUCUAGGCCCACAUGUGUGAGCGAAGCCCGCUGGUCGGUUGUACAUCCUUAAGGGGGGCAAUGGCGGCUGGAGCAGGCUGCAGAGAUUGGCCACAGCUCUGGCCGGGGCACAAGCUGGAGCAUCGCCAUCUUGCCCCAUCCAUGCAGUGGGGACGGCGAGCUUGUGCCCAGCUUGUACAUUUUCUUGUCCUCUUUGUACUCUUGGCUUUGUACUCCUGGCUUGCGUGCCGCUGCCCUCGAUUUCACGCAAUAAACAACAACAAUGUUGACAACAACAACGUUAACGUUGUUGCUUUGGCAGCUGCCUUGUGUUUUGUAAAGCUCCCCGCAGCC